AUGUCAACCAAACACUUCCUCCCAGAUCCCACACACCUAGUGCACACCUCCCUCGCCGCCCUCCCGCUGCUGAACCCCUCCUUAGCCCUCGACUCAUCUAACAAAAUCAUCUACCUCCGCCCAAACACCCUCCCCGCCACGCAAAAAGUCUCACUCAUCUCAGGCGGCGGCUCCGGCCAUGAACCCUCCUUCUCAGGCAUGGUCGGCCGCGGCCUCUUGUCCGCCGCUGUGGCGGGCACCAUCUUCGCGAGCCCCAGCGCUGAGCAGGUGCGCACGGCGAUUAUGUCCCGUGUGGACCGGUUUGCGGAUAAAGAGGAUGGCGGGGUGUUGGUGACGGUAAUGAAUUAUACGGGGGAUGUGUUGAACUUUGGUAUGGCGGUUGAGAAAGCGCGGGCAGCGGGAGUGAGGGUUGAGAUGGUUGUUGUGGGGGAUGAUGUGGGUGUUGGGAGGAAGAAUGGAGGGAAGGUUGGGAGGAGAGGAAUUGCUGGGACGGUGUUGGUGCACAAGAUUAGCGGAGCGUUGGCCGCGAAGGGGGCCGGGUUGAGUGAAGUUGCUAGAGUUGCUAAGCUCACAGCGGAGAAUCUGGUCAGUGUUGGGGCGAGCUUGGAGCAUGUGCAUGUUCCUGGGAGGAAGGGAAUGGAUGAGUCGGAAAGGUUGAAGGAUGGGGAGGUCGAAAUUGGCAUGGGCAUUCACAACGAGCAGGGUUCCAGCCGGGAGGUAGUCACCUUGCCGGAGCUAGUAGGCAAGAUGCUGCGGCAGAUGCUUAAUCAGACUGAUGAGGAUCGGGCUUUCCUGAAGAUCGACUCCAGCGAUGAGGUGGUACUGAUGGUAAACAACCUUGGAGGAGUCAGUGUCCUGGAGAUGGGAGGAAUUGUGACCGAGGUGGUCGGGCAGCUGGAGAAGAGCUACGGCAUCCGGCCAGUACGUAUCCUGAACGGCACAUACAUGACCAGCCUGAACGGGCUCGGCUUCAGCAUUACGCUGCUGAAGGUCGUCGAUACGGGUAUUGAGGGCUCCAGUAUUCUGGAACUGCUGGAUGCGCCCUGCGAGGCUACUGGCUGGUCGGCGCCUGUGUUGGCGCAGACGUGGGCUGAGCAGAACACGGCCACGAGGGAAGGAGACGAGAGCGCCAGCAAGGUGUUGACGUCGAGUGGGCUGAAGACGGUUCCCGCAUUGAUGCAACAAAUGCUGACGCGAGCACUCGAAAGUGUGAUAGCAAUUGAGCCUGAGGUGACCAAGUUUGACACAGUCGUUGGCGACGGUGACUGCGGCAUUGGUUUGAAGAGAGGAGCCGAGGCCAUCCUCAGACACAUCCAAGAGCACCCCCUGACUGGUGAUGUGGUGGUCGAUUUGGCCAGCAUUGUACCAGUAGUCGAGCACAACAUGGACGGCACAUCCGGGGCUCUCUAUGCCAUCUUCCUCAACUCCCUGGUUACUGCCCUCCGAGCGCAAGGACCCGGCCAGGCGACGGCAAAGGUGUGGGCAGCUGCUCUCCAGGCCAGCUGCGACUCCAUGCUGCGGUACACACCUGCUCGCCCGGGUGAUCGCACUCUAGUUGAUGCGCUCUAUCCAUUCGUCGAGACGUUGGCACACACUGGCGAUGUUAAGGCAGCAGCGACAGCGGCGCAAGAGGGAGCCGCGCGCACGCGCGGAAUGCGGGCUAGCCUAGGCCGUAGCGUCUAUGUCGGCGGAUCUGGUUUCGAGCAGGUUCCCGACCCAGGCGCAUGGGGCCUGGCCAGAUUCUUUCUGGGGUUGGCAGGGCUGGAGCGGGGUGCAUAA